AUGUCCAAUCCACGGCUACGCUUGGAGCAUCCCUUGGUGGGCUUUUGGUUAAUUUGCUCCGAGUUGUUUGACUAUCCUUGGAUUAAUGAGUUUCUGUUGGAGUAUUACAACGACCCGCCAUCCGCAAUUGUCGACGCAAUCAAACAAACAAGAAGUGGCAAGUCUAUCAACAAAGCGCCAAAUCGAGAAUUAGUGAAGGAACCGGAUCCGCCUUGUAUUCAAAAAAUAUACGAUCUGAUGUAUUCUAUUGUCGAACCAGGCACGGAUGUUCAACGCGAUUCCACCAGCUCCGAAGGGGACCAGGUGCAAAACUCAAAUCGCUUUGCACCUCUACAAAGUGACGAUGACUCGUUUGACGGUAGUGGAAUUCAAGAAUUCGACGAGGUUGAAGUGGUGGCGGUGAAAAAGAAUGACUCCAAGGCGCCUGAGUCGUCGGAUGAAGAUGAAGACACUGAUGCUGACGACACUGACGACAGGGAGAACAUUGUGGACGACGCAAUGGAGGAAGACGAUGAUGACAAACGGGUCAAUACCGCUGGGGCAAACCCGCACGAUGAGGCCAUGGACAACAACACUCUACCGUUGACUUCUCCUAAACUUACGGCAACACAAGACUCAGCAGGUACUUGGAAACAACUCCUUCUUGCGUCCAACAUCCCCCAACACUGGCCGAACGGAUCUCAAACCUCAUUCAGGUGA